UUCCGAUUCACUUUCCUCCCAACACCACAGUGCCAUGGCGACGUUCUCCCAUCACCAUGACUCCCGAAGAGCAGACACGGUUCGUGUCUGACAUUCAGCGCUUUUCACACGAAGACAUUGACCGGCUGUAUCGCGUGCUACUCAACCUUGAGCAAGACCAACUCGACCUUACAUCGGCCAAUGUUAACCAUGCUUAUCUCACAGCAUACUGGGAAGAAAAACGCCAGCUAGCCGACACGAACGAGCCAUGCAUAAAAUGGUUACUCGACCUCCUCGAUACCGACCCUGAUAUUCCUCUAAAUGAAAAAUUCCUGGACGUUUUACAAGAGGCGAACAUCGUUCUCACCACAGAUGGCACGACUACCGACGGUGGGGUGGCGCGCUCAGAGGCCUCCAUCGAGUCCGUCGAUGAAAAUGAUCCCUUGUGGCAACAAGCCGUAGCUUUAGACAACCGCAAAUUAGCAUCGCAAGCACUCGAACUCUGGAGAGCGAAAGUGCAGGCAAAAGUCGAGGUCGAGCAGAAGGCUUACGAAGACUAUGAGGAUCCCCAAAUGAACGCGCUGGCAGAUUUAGUCUACAAUCGCAAUCUGGCAAGGAAGGCUCUAACUCAUUGGGUCAAUACAUACCGCAAUAUCAAAGACCAGGAAAGGCUAGCGGACGAGUUUCGUGCCCAGAAAGAUGCAGCCAAUGCACUCAAGCAUUGGACCCUAGCGGCACGAGAAAGCCUGUUUACACGUGUUCGAAGCGAAAGACUAGCCCAAAAGGCGAUGGACGCGUGGCGGGAGAAGACAAGGGACAUCACAGAGAUGGAAGCGGUCGCUGACGAUUUUCGGAAUCGCCAGGCCGUGCGAAAUACACUUGGAAAGAUGGGAGCAAAAAGAGAGCAAAUCAAACAAGCAGAGCAACAAGCAGUCCUGGUUUAUGAGGGCAAUCUCGCUCGCAGAGUCCUUAACAGAUGGUUGGCACAGAUGGAACAACAACGAUUCGACGAACGGAAAGCAGAUGCAGCUGCAGAUUACUUUGCACUCAAACAUGCCCUCAACAAAUGGCGAGCCAAGGCUAGAACCAAGAAAGAAGAAGAGCAGGUCGUGCAAGCCCGUGAACAUAUGCUGACCUUCAAAUACGGCCGCCGCUGGAGAGAGAUUGUCCGGCGUAGGAAGUAUGCUCUGUACGACGCUGCAUACAAAAGGAUGAGGAAGGUUGUAAAAAUGAAUAUCGCACGAGCAGCUCUCAAUAUCUGGCGUCAAAAGACAGCUCAAAUCCGCGCAAUGAGGAUGGCCGCCGACGAAUUCCGGGCACGAAAAGAUGCGGAAAAUGCACAACGGAUGGCGCAUGGCGCGAUCGUCACCAUGUACAACAGGACUCAGCAGAUUCAGCAAGCAAAUCAGCAAGCCGACGACUUCUACAACAGAAAUCUCAUCGACCGCUUACAAAUAUUUGGCUCCAACUGGCUCUACCCUACCAGACAGAUCCUCGAGAAUCAGGAAAGAGCCGAUGAAUAUCGCGCCACAAGAGCCGCUAGCUAUGCGGUUUCUGUCUUGCGGAGCUGGCGGAACAUGGCCUUCAGGGCAAGGAGACUGGAGGAGGAUGCCGACGUUGUGUACCAAAGGAAUGAGAGGAAAAGGGCUUGGGGUUUUCUGCAGCGGUGGAGAAGAGCCGUGCCAAAGCAGGACGAGGACGAAGAAGGUCGAGAGGAGCAUCUGGUACCGGCGACGCCUGCCGCAAGGAGGAGCCAGCUGUUGGCAUCGACCACACCCGCUUACACCCCGGCAGCUGGGCUAUUUGGUACCGAUGGCCGUGUGGUUGAGGAAACGGAGGAUGACGAAUAGUGCUGUGACGACUUCCACGAGCAAUGAGCUACGAGCCAUGACAUGAUAGUGAUACCCAACAUGAACACAAUAGAGCUGUACAAUAAUAUGAAUAUGAAGAGCACCCUCUCUUCAAGUCAAUAUCCA